AUGGUCCCACCUCCUGUGUUUUGUCUAAUCCUAGGACUGGGUGGCAUGACCAACGGCGGCAAGACCACGCUGACCAACAGUCUGCUCAGAGCCCUGCCCAACUGCUGCGUAAUCCACCAGGAUGACUUCUUCAAGCCCCAAGACCAAAUAGCAGUUGGGGAAGACGGCUUCAAACAGUGGGACGUGCUGGAGUCCCUGGACAUGGAGGCCAUGCUGGACACCGUGCAGGCCUGGCUGAGCAGCCCACUUGAAGGAAAGCUCACAGGUGCUGAUCGUGUCUCCCCGGCCCCUCCCAGGCCCCUGGUGGACUUGUACAGCCGCCGGUACUUCCUGACCAUCCCGUAUGAAGAGUGCAAGUGGAGGAGAAGUACCCGCAACUACACCGUCCCUGAUCCCCCCGGCCUCUUCGACGGCCACGUGUGGCCCAUGUACCAGAAGUACAGGCAGGAGAUGGAGGCCAACGGUGUGGAAGUGGUCUACCUAGACGGCACAAAGUCCCGAGAGGAGCUCUUCCGUGAGGUCCUGGAAGAUAUUCAGAACUCGCUGCUGAACCGCUCCCAGGAAUCAGCCCUCUCCUCGGCUCGCCCAGCCAGGCCACAGGGACCCGGACGCGGAUGCGGCCACAGAACGGCCAGGCCUGCGGCAUCCCAGCCGGACAUUGUGUGACUGUUUCCCUAAGCGGGAGGUCUGUACGUUGGAGAAUGGAGGCCCCACUCCCAGUUGGGUGUCCCAGAGCUCAGGGACUGAGCCCCAAGACGCUUCUGUAACCUCGCUGCAGCUUAAAUAUUAAACUGGGUCCUGUUUUUUUAA